CAAUCUGACCCGACUACAACCCGUCCACUACCAAGUUUAAUGACUAGCAAACGUAGUUAUAUUAAAAGGAAUUUAAUGUUUGUGUUAAUAAAUAAUUAAACAAAAUGGAAAGGAUUCUUCGAGGCAUCAUGAGAUAUCGUGUGUUGGACCGAUCGAGCAUGGUGAAACAGUUUCAACAAGUCAAAGACAAUCCAGUGCCUAAAGCAGUAUUCUACACAUGCAUGGACAGUCGAAUGAUUCCUACUAGAUUUACGGAAACCAGUGUAGGCGACAUGUUUGUUGUAAGAAACGCCGGUAAUCUGAUCCCUCACUCUCAGCACUUUGUAGACGAGAUGACAAGCUGUGAACCGGCUGCGUUGGAACUUGGCUGCAUAAUUAACGACAUAAGGCACAUUAUUGUGUGCGGUCAUAGUGACUGUAAAGCUAUGAAUCUCUUAUACAAGUUAAAAAGCAAAGAAGAGUCAAACACGGAACAAAGGAGAAUGUCUCCCUUAAGAUCUUGGUUGUGUAAUCAUGGGCAAACAAGCUUGGACAAAUUCAUCGCGAUGGACGGCGAUUUCUCAAAACCGAUGUUGUUUACAGCUGAAACACCACAAACUAAAUUUGUGGCAUAUAUCGACCCUGAAAACAAAUUUAGUACAGAAGACAAAUUAUCUCAGGUUAAUACAUUACAACAACUUCAAAAUAUUGCAUCAUAUGGUAUGUUGAAAUCAAGACUGCAGAAACAUGACUUGCAUAUUCACGCACUCUGGUUUGACAUCUUCACCGGGGACAUAUACUACUUCAGCAGACGAGCCAAAACGUUUGUGGUCAUCGAUGAGUCUACCUAUGAAACAAUAUUAGCUGAAGUAAGAAGAUAUUAUUCGUGAAAACAUAUUUCUUGAACCAUUUUGCCAGA